CUUUUGGCUUGUGCUUUUGUCUCUCGGAUUGGUUUUUGCCAAUCGAAAAUAACUUUUGAAUCGCUAGCUAAUCGAAAAGCCGAGGAGUAGUAGUGCUCACUCUUCGGGUUAAAUUUGUAAUUGUAAAUUAAUAUUUGAAACAGGAAGAGAGAGCACCAUGUCUCUGUUCUACGCCGUGGCAGCGGAUGAAAAUGAGGACAACCCUGGCGCAGUUGCAGGCGAGGUCAGUUCUCAAACCACCCUGAAUAAUUUCUGGCCCAAAAUCGUGGAGGAAGUGAAGCGACAAACGCUGGACCUGAAGCAGCAGGCUCUUCCGCUGGCCCGAAUCAAAAAGAUCAUGAAGCUGGACGACGACGUGAAAAUGAUCAGCUCGGAGGCGCCGGUGCUGUUCGCCAAAGCGGCCGAGAUCUUCAUCCUGGAGCUGACCCUGCGCGCCUGGGUGCACACCGAGGACAACAAGCGGCGCACCCUGCAGAGGAACGACAUCGCCAUGGCCAUCACCAAGUACGACCAGUUCGACUUCCUCAUCGACAUCGUGCCGCGCGACGACAUCAAGCCGGCGAAACGCGCCGACGAGUCGGUCCGCACCUCGAUGAACGCCGACCAGGUGCAGUACUACCUGCAGCUGGCCCAGCAGCACCAGCAGGUUCUGCAGCAGUCGUCGCAGCCGGCCGCCACGGCCACGACCACCACCACUCAGCAGCAAGCCGGACAGACGCAGAACAUCCAAGUGCAGGUAACCACGCAGCAGGCGCAGCCGCAGAUCAUCCAGCUGCAGGCACCUUCCGUGCAGAACCAGUCACAGGCCGCCACGCAAGGUGGAAUCCAGAUCGUGCAGCAAAUUGUCACUCCCACCGGCGAAAUACAACAAAUUCCGAUCCAGCUGACGCCAUCUCAGCUGGCGACAAUCAAAAUGCAGUUCCAAAGCAACGCGAGCCAGCCAGUCAUCAUCCAGACAGCGCCGAUCGCGGUCAAUGCGCAGACUUCUCCGCAGAUCAUCCAAGUGAGAUCGCCCUCCACGCAAUAGCAAAGUGCAUUUAAAAUGAACUAAAAGACUUUGUGAAUAAAAUCUUAACUUUAAUUAAAGUAAUUUCAGUGCGGAGGAAGUGUAUCGUUUGCCGCAAGUAACUGGAUGGAUUUUUUUCUACCUAUUUCUUGAACUGAAUAAAGUGGUUUGAUGAAAUAAAAUGCA